AUGGCGGCUGCAGCAACGGGACAAGGAGCGACUUCUGUGGCAGGGAACGGAACAGCACGACCCCUCGUUCUCACGCGAAAGAUCAACGCAGGAGCGAACUCUGCACAAACAAAAGUCCCCAACACCUACCAGUUGGAGCCUUCUAAGGAAUUCGCCUUUGCUACUCACCGAGAAGCAAUUAGAGAAAUUAUCAGCACCUGCCUGGAAGAGGCCCUCAAUGCCUCCGAAGCCGACCCGAAAGACGUUCUCAUGAACACCCUAGCCAAGAUAAAAUCGGAUUUACUCCAGCUACAGGCUGUGCUCUUCCCACGACACAGGGUAGUUGUGCAUGGAAUUAUUGGAAACAUUGGACAUAACCAACCGUCCCUCAUUUACGGAAGUCAGUGUCUGGCAUCACCUGAAUGCGGAGAUGAUGGAGUUAGUGUCUCGGUGAAAAACUACGAUAGGUUCUUAUGUGUAUGUGCGUUUGGUUCGUACCAAAGCUAG